CUGGGCUCAGCUGACCGGAAGGAGAAUCAGCAGAAGAAGUCAGAUUCAGGAAUCUCCAAAUUUACCCAUCGUCUGUCCCUCAAAGAGCGUGUGGCCAAAGCAGAGAAAACUUCCUCGGACAGACCUCCAUCCUACAGGAGACGAUCUCUUAGUGUGGACUGGGCUGACACUGCCAAGAUGACGCAGCCCAUGAGGGGGGAUCAGGCCCACCAGCCAGCUCCGGCCCGCAAGUCAGCCAGCCUGUCCUCGCCAAGCGCGGCUCGCCGCUUAUACCGCAACUUGUCUGGAAAGUUCCGUGCGGGCACCAAUCCCCCUGGCCUGGAGGACAGUGUGGUGUCAGGACGGGGAGGAGACAAGGACAGGCUGCGCAAAACCACCAUAUUCCAGAGUAAUGAAGCAUUGUUUGAGGCAGUGGAGCACCAGGAGUUGGACUUGGUGCAGUUGCUUCUGUCCCAGUACAGUCUGGAGGAGCUGGACCUGAACACCCCUAACAGUGAGGGCCUCCUUCCCCUUGAUAUCGCUAUCAUGACCAACAACGUGCCAAUGGCCAAGUUACUGCUGCGAGCUGGUGCCAAAGAGAGCCCCCACUUUGUGAGUCUGGAGGGCCGAGCGGUACACUUAGCCACUUUGGUGCAGGAGGCUGAGCAGCGGGUGUCGGAGCUUCAGGCCCAAGUUGGAAGCGAGGGUCCUGGGGAGCGAGAGGGAUCUGACCGGGAGAGGCAGCUAAAGGCCUGGGAAUGGAGGCUCCGGCUCUUCCGGCGAAUGCAGACGGGCUUUGAGCAUGCUAAACCUCCAGAUGCUCCCAGUGUAGUUCGCCUGUCUGUCAGCAGCAGCACCAGUCUGCGGGUGGACUUCCAGGAACCUCUCUGUGUCAACUCUGCUGUGGUUACCAAGUACAAAGUGAGCUGGAGCAGCGCUCCUUCCCUCAGUCCUUUGAUGGGUGAGAUGGUGGUAGAGGACACCACUUUGCUACAGUGUAACAUCACUGGACUCUUUUGUGGGACCUACUACUAUGUCCAGGUGUCAGCCUAUAACAUGAAGGGCUGGGGGCCUCCACAAGUCUCCACCCCUGCCUGUGCUGCACCUUCCAGCUGGAGGGAUAUCGAUGGUCGUGCUCCACGUCAGAGAGGCCAGAAGGAGGCACUAGACCAGCUACUUGGACAGAUAAAAGAAGCUCACCGCCACUGUGUCUGCCAUGAACAGUGCAAAGCUCCACCACAAGGGAGGAAGCACUCAGUCUCGAAAAGCCUGCGCCACCUCUUCCAACCCACCAGCAAAUUUGUUAAAAGCUUGAAAAGAGGUCUCUAUCUGACAUCCAUAUUGUACAGAGAUGAUAACGUGUUGGUGACUUCAGAGGACCAGAUUCCUAUUGUGGAGGUUGAAGAUUCCUACUCCAGCUCCCUCAUGCAGGACUUUCUCUGGUUUACCAAGGUGUCGUAUCUAUGGGAGGAGAUUCCCUGGCUGCAGCAGUGUCUCAGUCCUUCCCAGUCGUCCUGCUCUUGUACCCUGCAGACGCGUCUCAAGAUGCUGCAGGCUGUCUCCCAGCUGCAGGGAAUGCUGGGGACCCAGGACCUUGGUCAGGUGUAUUUUGAGCCAAUCAAAGACAAGCAUGGUAAUGCUCUGCUGGUGCUCCUGAAGGACAUGAAUGCCUGUCCCAACCUGGAUGGGGUUCGCUGGACGCAGCUUUGCAAACUUCAACUCCAGCGCAAGUCCAUCUCGUCACCUGAAGAGCCCACUGCCUUGGACAUGCUACUCAUCACACUCCAUGAGAAGCUGGCGUAUCACAGACGGAGCAGGAAGGUCUUGUCUCCGGGCUUAUACCUUGGCUACCUGAAGCUGUGUACAUCUGUGGAGCAGAUCAGAGCGCUGGUGCCCCAGAAACUCCCCAACGUCCUCUGUCACGCCAAAAUUCGGGACAACUGUAAUGUGUCCAGAGAGGAGUGGCAAUGGCUGCAGGCUCUCAGCUCUCUGGAGGAGUCUCAGGAAAUGGACCACGAAGAACAGAGUGCUCCACAUCGCCUCCUACAGGACCUGCGCAGCGCCAUCAAGGACCUGAUGGCCCACAUUAAUGUUCCUGGCAAUCAGGCACAGGACUUCCGUAUCUACAGCCAGGAAGUGUUGGAGUUUGGUGAGAAAGUGUCCUUCCUGCUCCUCCUGCCACCUUCAGAUGAGGUGUGCACCGCUCCUGGUCAGAAUAACCCAUACUCCCCCCGCUCUGGCUUCCUCACCCUGCCCCUGCAGAUCUUUGAACUGGUACACUUUAAUGCUUACUGCCCCAGUUUCAUCGGCCAGUACUGCAGAGUAUCAGCCUUGCUGGAGCUGGAGUCCCUCAUGUCCCAGCAGGCUCUGAGAGAGGCCUUCUCUGAGGCUGAGCUCCUUGCUGCUAAGAAGAAACACCAGCAGGUCCAGGAACACAUGCAGCAAAUGGAGGAGGUUUGGCGUGAUGCGAGGUGGAUCAUGGACGCCUUGCAGUACGCCCGCUACAAGCAGCCAACGGGAGGCAUAUCCAUCAGCUGGAUCAUUGACUUCUCCAAGGAAGUGAUGCCCGAGAAGCCUCCAUCCACCUCCUCUCAGCCAGACUUCAUGCCCUCCCCUAUGCCUUCACCCGAACCCUGCCGCAAGCAUUCAGAUUUUGCUGGACUAUCAGAUGAGGAGGGUUCCUCUGAGGUCUUCCUCACCACAGACAGUGACUAUGACUCCAGCCGUGCCCAGAGUCCUCGUGAGCUGGACCUGUUGCCCCCCUCACCCCUCUUGUCCUCUGCACCACUGGAGCCCCGCAGCUUCCUUCGCAGUGAUGGCAGCAGCUCAGGAGGAGGAAAGUGUCUUGGAGUGGGUGGACGCGGAGGGGGAACGCUAAGGGAUUCCACACCAGACGUCCUCCAGGCCUCUGAGCUGCAGCACAGCAGGGAAGGGGAGCGGUGUGGCGGAGGCGGAGGAGUUAGGUGUGGUGGGGAAAGGAGAAGGGGGGCUCCAGAACCGUUUGACAGUGACUUCAUCCUGCCCAGCAGGCAGAUUGAGCUGUUGCACAUCACAGAAAAGAGACAGGCUUUCUGUGUGAGAACCAGCAGCCUGGAGUUUCCUUCCAGCACCUCAGGCCACCACCAGCCUUACUGCUACCACAGCUUCUGCCCCUCGCCCUCCUCCUCACCGCAGCGAAGAUGGCACAGGCCCUCGUCCGUGGACCGCUGUUGCUCAGCUGAGCACUGCCAAUCACAGCUUCCACCAGCUCGUACGUUAUCACAGGACAGCGGCACACAGAGACUCUCCUCGCCAUCACCUGCUGCUGUCAGAAAGGGCUGUCAUGCCACGCUCAGAGUGUAUCCACAGUACCACACAGGCCUGCCAAAGGAAACCAGUGUUAAGCUUUGCGUAACUCCGGGAACAUCAGCGCAGGAGAUGGUCCAGCUGGUUGUGCAGGAGAUGAACAGCGUGUCUCGGCGCAUGGUCGGUAGCGGCGGAGGCGGCAGUGAACAGGAACAGUGUGUGUACUACAGUACUGAACAGUUAAAGCACUUUGGCCUGGUGCUGGUUGUAGACAACAGAGAAAAGUGGCUUCAGGAUGAUUUCUGUCCCCUGGAGCUCCAAAACCCCUGGCUGAGGGGCAAACUGUGCGUUCGCAUUAAGGAGUAUUCACCGCUAGCACUCAAACACAGCCGGGCCACCACAGUGUGAACCUUCCAGGAGAGAGAAUGAGAUUAUUUUCAGAGUUCUUGCCUUGAGCAGAUUCUCUUUCAGUCCGUGUGUGUUGAAACUAGAGCUGUUACAUUUGUACAAACAGGAUCCUAACAGGCUCCUAAACUACACUCUGGUGUCUCACUGUGGUGUUACUGUCCACCACUGCAGCUAUAACAUGUCAUAUUUUCUGCUGUGUUCUUGUUAUCAGAAAAGCUUCGGUUCUCAUGAAAUGUGUUCUCCCGCACAAAAGUCCUUUUUCUAUGAACAUCAGAGACCCUCGUAUGGACACCAAAUGAACAAUAGCAAAAUAGAACAAAGAGAAAGUUUUCUCGUGCUGUCAGAAAUCAUUGAGGAAAAGAUCGUGAUGCAGAACAAGAUUAAUGGAGCAUCACUUUGACUUCUGGCAUGAUUGAAGUCGGCACAUCGUGCUGUGCGUGUUGCCAAAACGACAUGGGCAGCAUCAUCUCCUCCCAAGCCACACGCGGACAUGGCUUUUCCUAUGAACUCUCUCAUUGUGUCAUUCCCAAAGAGCUGUCGGCUGCAGCCGCCCGGCCCCAUGUUCCCAGGAUGUGGGCUCUGGACCCGGCCCAGAGGGCAGGAAGGAAGCGAAAGUACAGAGGGGGGCUGGCGUCUCCGCUUGGGGACGCAAUCGGCCCGAAGAUUUGGCCCAUCAGACUGUCACUCAACUGCUCUUGGCCACUGUACUGUCUGGUGGCUAAGCCGCCAAGAAAGGAAGAGAGAUUUUUAUAGAGGACGAGGGAGAGAGAGAGAGAGAGGAGGAGGACGAAGGUGGAGGCUGCAUCUCUCAGAACCUGGCACUGGCUCUCUGGUGCUCUUUUCCUCUCUUUCGCAGCAACAAAUCCUCUGUGGACUCAGUCGCAGUGUAGCUAACAAAUACGAUCAUCUCAUUUUGUGAAGUAACACAAAAUUAAAACCAGCCAAUCUGGAUUUCCACAUCAGAGAAAAAAAAACAAGCAAUAUCUGACAGUUUUUCUAAUAGAUGGAAAAGAGCAUGUAAACCCUAGUUAACCAGUUCAGUGUUUUGUUGUGUUUGGUUCAGUAGUAUUCCCAGAUCCAUCAGAAAUUGGUGCCCAUCAGUCUAGAACAGGGUCUCCCAAAGGGGUUCUAGUGUGGAAUGGAUGACUCAAGUUAUUAAGAGGCCCAGUGUUUGUUAGCAAAGAAGAGGACUCUGUAGACUGUCUCCUAAACUGCUUUAAAAUGAGUUACAUAUGAAAGUUAUAAAUAAAAGAUGGCUAGAAAUAUAUUUUAGAGACUGAACGAACCAUGAUUGAUGGAGGUCAGUGAAGGCAUCAGUCAUUCAGUCGCCUUCCUAACUUGAGGGAGGAGUUAAACAAGACAUGGGUAACACAGGAAGUCUUGUUAACCAAACCCCAAUUAUUGAUCUUCCUUAUGAUUUCCGCUUAGUUCUGACAAAUUGCGAUUUGAAAAAUGAAAGCAUUUGAAACAGCCAACCUCCCUCCAAAAUGUGACACCCACCAGUGCAAGCUUCAGCGCAGUAUUAUCAAAAGUAAAUCAAAAGCUAGCCGAAAACACUGGUGAUUAAAGCAUGCUGUCAUGGACAAGAGUGAUUGUGCAUUUUUUUCUAUAUCUAUUGUAAAUGAAUCAGAAUUUAAAAACCACAUCAAUGGAUCCCUUCAGUCAACAAAGUAUCAGUGGAGUUGUCAAAAAUGUUUUCUCCCUGAAAUAUGUCAAUUGUAGCUUUUUAAAAAUAAAAUUUAUCAGUAACAACAAUAACAAUAAUAAUCAUGAUAAUAAUGAUCUUUAUUUAUAAGACACUUUUCAAAGCAAGUUAGAAAGUGCUUUACACAGUUUAACCAGGAUUAAAACAUUGCAAGACUGCAAACAAAAUAACAUGCCCAACAACAAUAAUAAACAAGAUAAAACCAGUAACAAUAAUAAUAAAACAGCUGAGUCAUGUUUGCAAUAAUACAGUAUGUUAGCAUUAAGUUUUGCUUGGGCCUCUUAACAACUUAGAGCAUCCUUUUUAACAAAUGUUUGGAAACCUGCGCUGUGUUUUGGUCCCUCUGUUCCCACCAGACAGGGUGUGAAACCUCCCAACGUUACAUCUGAAACAGAACAGUCUGCUCAUUGUUUACAGCAAACUCCACAUCGCACACUCUCACAAACUUCAGGCUGUUGUGUUUUAUUUAUUUAUUUUAUUUUAUUUUAUUUUUUACAUUUACUGUUUAUCAGUAUAUGAUAAACACUUUUUCCUGCUCUAAAACAUCAUCUCCAAAUGUAGCAUGGGAAAGGUCCAUAAGAGGAGCGUUUAAUGGGUGAAGUCAGUGGACCUGGCCUCAAUAACUGUAGCAUUUCAGGUUCACAGGUUGCUGUGGAACUUGUCACAGGUGGAGUUAACAAGUGAUGUCUCUCCAAGUGUUUACACCAUAUAGUUUCCUUCCAAUGAUGUGCUCACGUGUAACUACUGUAUAAAGAUGUCUUAAGACAAACUGAUGUUGUAAUUGGUUUUACUAAUGGCUUGAACUCUUGUGUUAGCGCUUAGAUGUCUUCUUUAUUCACCUUGUUAAAAGCUUUUUUUUUUGUUGUUGUUUUUUUUUAUGAGGACCAACUGCAAAAAGUAAUCACACAACCAGAAACCGACCCAUGUACAUAUACAAACAAGACCAGGGAAUGAAUGUACUGUAUCUGCCCUAAAUGUGAAAGAAAGUGAAUGUGGGGAUGUCAUCAUGUCAGAGGUCAAACGUGAGUGAAGUAAUAGACAGGACUCCAUCUUAACAUUGCGCUGAAGGGGAGGAGGGGGAGGGGCGUUAAAUUCCCUUUCCAGUCAAAAAAAAAAUAAAGCAAAGCCCCAUGUUUACAAGGAGCUGUUGGCAGAUCCAUCAGGCGAAGUCAUGAAGGAGACAUCACGUCACUUUUUUAAAAUCUAUUUUUAUUGAACAAUAAAUGAAUAUUACAAAAUAAAA